AUGGUCACGUUCGCCGUCUCGUCCGUGGAGCGCAAAUUCUGCAAGGCAGCUCCAACCGAUGGUCAGCCCAUCACGACGCUCAAGGAGUUUGCCAAAGAAGGCUGCAAGGACAUUGUCCAAGCACCCGACCUCGGUUCCGUUGUCGCCUCUCAAAGUGGCUUUGUGCGCGGUGUCAUUGAAGCCUACAACAAGCACCACGACCUCGUGCUGCGACCGGACGAUAUUUGGCUCGCGAUUUUGAUCCAGUUUGGUUUCUUUCGGGCGUCGCUCGUCAAGCACGAAGGCAAGAAAGAGCUCGUUGUUUACGACAUUGGAACGUUGUACUCGGUCGACUUUGGCGCACUCUCCAAGCAAAUGGUCGACAAGAUGGACGAGCACCUCGUGGACCCUAGCAUCAAGCACUGGGUGCUCCCGUCCUUCUCUACAACGACCGACCACGACGUCAUUGUCGGCAGUGUCGUGCUCAUGGCCACGAUGAAGAAGUAUUUCAGCUACAAGUUUUGCCUUAAAUGCGGCAUUCCGCAUGUGACGCUUCUCGGCACGGUGGACGAUUGGCAAGACAUUCGUCGUCGCCUCGACAAGCUCGCGAAGUAUGGUGAGCGCAUGCAGCAGUGGACGGCGAUGCUCGCGCCGAUCCUCGAUCAAUUUGUGGCAGCAGCCAAAGGCCAGGCGGACGUAGCGUUCUGGGAUCGCAUCUGCAGUCGCAAAGGCGGCGGCUCGGGCCCGAGCUACCUCAACGGCUGGAUCAGCGUCUUUUGUGUCUUCAACGACGAAGGCCAGUGGCAAGGCGACAAGAUGACGAGAAAUGUGCUGCAGCAAAGGCCUGACGCCAAUCCGGAUGAUUGGUUUGAUGUUGUUGAGACUGAAGUCACGUACGACUACCCGCUCGUCGACAUGCAGGACAUUCCGCCUGGCUACCUCACGGUCGACGUGACGAUUGACGACAACGGGACCGAGUACAAGGCGCUCAUGUUUGCGGGACACAUGGCCUACAGCGUUGGUGACGACAAGGCGUCGAUCGCGCCGUCGCUGAGCUGGGCGUUGGCGCUCAAGAACGGCGAGCCCGCGCCCGAGGAAACGAACCCGUUUGGACUGUGAGACCCCCCAACCCAGGACGUUGCUAUCCAACAGCAUGUUUAAAGUUGCUUGAUUUGAACUCGUUGUGCUUGAUUGAAGUGAGUGUUUAUGAGCCACAUGUGGCCAGGAUCAAGGGCUGGAUGAAGAAGGGCAUGGUGGGUCAGCCAAACAC